AUGCGGUUCAUACAUCAAUUCUUACACUUAAAGAGGGGUUUGAGGGUCAAAUGACCGAAAACUCGAUUGAAAUUGGUAUUAUUGGUGGUGAUACAGCGGGAUUUACAGAAGGAAAACAACAGCCUUUGUUUAGAAAACUCACACCAUCAGAAGUAAGGGACUAUUUGGCUAAUACUGCUUA